GUAUAGUUGUGUCUUCUCAUUUAAUUUGUCAAGUGUGAUAAAGUCGUGAAACAAUGUCUGGAAAAAAUCGCCGAAAUCAAAAUCAACGCCAACAAGAAUCGGAUAAUACAAUUGCAUCCGUGCAUUGUGAUGGUUUGGCUGUUAUGAAAAUGGUAAAGCAUUGCCAUGAAGAGUCACAAAGUAAUAUGGAUUUGGCUCAAGGGGCUUUGCUUGGAUUGGCAUUCGGUAAAACAUUGGAAAUUACGAACUGUUUUCCAUUCCCAAAGUCCGGCGACGAAACGAUGGACGAAGAAGAAUAUCAAUUGGCAAUGAUGCGUCGAUUGCGUCGUGUUAAUGUUGAUCAUUUUCAUGUUGGAUGGUAUCAAAGUGCCGAUGUUGGUAACUUUUUAUCGUUGCCAUUGCUCGAAUCGCAAUACCACUAUCAAACCAGCAUUGAGGAAUCGGUCGUUGUCAUUUAUGAUACACAAAAAUCGGCCCGCGGUUUUCUCACAUUGAAAGCAUAUCGUUUAACACCACAAGCAAUUGCUAUGUAUAAAGAUGGUGAUUUUACUGCCGAAGCUCUCAAGAAUUUGAAAAUAAGCUACGAAAAAUUGUUCGUUGAAGUGCCAAUUUACAUCAAGAAUUCACCAUUGACGAAUAUUAUGAUGUCCGAAUUGGGCGAAUUAAUUCCAGAAGAGUCUGGUACACAUUUCUUGGAUUUGGGCACAGCAUCUGUUCUGGAGAACCAUUUACGCUCGUUGAUGGAACGCGUCGAUGAACUUAACCAAGAAGCCACCAAAUUUAACAAGUAUCAACAAGCAGUUAUUCGUCAAGAUAUGGAUAAAACUCGUGUAUUGGCUAAGAAUCAACAAGAGAACAAUUCACGUAUUGCUAAGGGCGAAGCACCAGUUCCAGAUGAAGAAGUUUUGAAAACAUUCAGACCAUUGCCAGUUCCAUCGCGAUUGAAUUCGAUGAUUGUUUCCGGACAAAUCAAUACUUACGCUCAACACAUUUCCCAAUUCUGUUCACAAUCGUUAGCCAAAGUGUACAUGACGCAAUCACUGCAAAGCGCUAAAACUCAACCACAAAAUAAUUAAAUUGGAUAUUUGUUUGGCCUGUACACAAAUUGAAUUAAUCUAAAAUUGCGAAUAAGAAAAAACAAACAUUUAAUGCGCGAGUGAAGUAAAAAAAAAACAGCAAAACAACCGACAAUUGCAUGUCACGCUAAUUAAAAUAUAUCCAUCAAACAUAAAGUGAAAGAAACGUUUGCAAAUGUUUAUACAUUUCUUUCAGAAUUCUUUUAAUAAAAUAAAAGUAUUUAAAUGGAACCACA